AGUAAUAUAGAGUAUAGACCUAUUGUCCUCCUUAUUUGUCCUCAGUUUCCUAACGAAGCGGACUCCAGUUUUUCCACUGAAGCGAUUUCUGAAAGUUCUAUCAUCCAUUGUAGCAGCGUACGAGAUAUGGAGGUGAAUAACAAAACAGAUAAGAAGUAUGUACAGAGGGGCUUAUCCAAAUAUCAAUUGUUUGGUGAUGAUGGUAUGCCUAAUUAUGCUAUGAAUACUACUCCCUUAUUCGAGGUGUUCUCUGUUAGCGUGAAUACUAAGCGCUCUGAUUGUGAUUCUUGUGAAAUAUAUGGUACUAUUAAGGCUACUAAUGGAUUAGGUCAUGUUGUAUAUCUUUACAAUCGAAAACACUACGACCCUGAGUUAAUUAAGCCGAAUAGUGCUGGCUACAGUCGUUAUUUGUCCUUAAUUGGACUUAAGGAUGGUUGUGUCAUUAUACCCCAUGAAUAUGUCACUAUUGAGGUGGAUCUAAGGGACAGGGCGCGAAACAAUGCUGCCAUUGCAAUUGGAAAUUUGAGUUUCAACUAUAAGGAAACCUUUUACUCAGGACAUGGGGCUAAAGAUGUUGUAGGUCAGGCCGGGUUUGUGACCAUACAUUAUGCCACUUUCCCGUAUGCAUUGACAGCUUCUGUGGAUGUGGUAUUUUUCAGCAAGAAUGAUGAUUAUGAUACAAUAGACUAUGAUCCCGAUGAAUAUAGUGUUGAUCUUGCAGAUUAUGAUAGUUCUGGAUAUGAAAAUAGCGAUGAUGUUGCUGAUAUUUAUGGAACUGUUGCUGCACACACCGAUUUUCCUGGCAGUGGCUCCUAUGGAGACAAUACUACUAUUUCAAGUAUACUUUUAAAUAAGCCACAUAGUCAAUGUGUACGGGUGAUGUCUAGAAAUUUUAUUGAGUUAUCAAGAUGUAUGGUUGCUGUGCCAGCUUCUUCGAACUUUCCCCUUAAAAUCCAUGUGGAUUUCAAGUUUAACGAUGGAAGCAGAUUAGUUGAUGGGGUCUUAGGAUUUUCAUCUGACGACUGCAGCCAAAUAAAGAAGGAUAUAGUGGGAGAAAAUGGGCGUAUUCGAGUGCGAGUAAAAUGGGGUGAUGCAUAUGAGCAACGUUAUAGAGGAACUGAUCUGAAACGAAAUUUGAAUCAAGUGUUAACCCCUGGGAAUGAAGAGAGCAAGCUCGAGGAACUGGUUAAAAGGCAGUGGUUUCCUGAUGAUCCACAACCCUCAUCAGUCUUUAGGUUGCCGCAGACACCUAUGUACAUUAGCCCCACGCCGCUAGUGGAGGUGUUUUCAGUUGGUGUUGGUAGCAAUGAUUUGAAGCCUCCCUUCAAGCUAUAGGGAAGUAUCAGUGUUGAAGGUCAUGGCCGCUGUAAUUUGUUCAAAAGAGAUCAGUGUUCCCCUCAGAUUUGUUUUGACAAAAUCGAGGUCCAAUUUUGUCGUGGUCAUGGAUUUUCAGCUCUGGACGAUUUUGGCAUUUUUGUUGACCUCAAAGAUGUUGAGGGUACUGUGUUUAUUGAAGGACAUACCCGGUGGGUAGUCCACUUGUCCGACUCAUGGUAUAACAAACGGAUAUGUUCUCUUAUUCGAGGGAAUCAUGGAUUUGUAGCAGCGCAUUAUAUAGUUAUUUAUGGUGGAGUACAAGCUAAAGUGAAGGUUUUGGUUAAAGGUAAUGAUAAUGCUUUGAACUUACCCACCAAGUUUUAUGGAACUAUUGUUGCUCGUUAUAGCAACCAUGAAUACUCAACUAAUUAUGAUAUGAAAUAUUAUCAAAGUGUUCUAUUUGAGAAAGGUUUAGAUGAUCUUAUAAACUACCUUGAAAAAGAUGGUUCAUUGCCGUUGUCAAAAUCUUUGGUUUGUGUGCCUCAGAAUUCCUCGCUGAUUGUAAAAGUAAACUUAAUAAUUGAUGGUGUUGGUGUUGAUUUACUGCAAGACAACUUGGAAUUCAAGACUGAUGGUCUUAUGUCUUCUAAAGCGAUUUUGGGACAGAACUACUCGAUUUACAUUUCGGCAAAAUGGCCUGAGGUAAAUUAGAAUGAUUUUGGGACAGGAGUACUCAGUGAAGUCAAAUAGUUUGGUUGUAAUAGUGCACUUCUGAAAUAAGAGCUUAUAUAAGUUGAAAAAUGGGUUGAGGUCAGAUAGUUUGGUUGCAAGUGUACUGUGCCUAUGAAAUAACUUUAAUUUUUAUUUUCUACUCCAUUUGUUUCUAAAAUUAGUUUCUA